AUGUACCUAACAUUACCUAGUUCCGCUCAACAAAUACCUCAGCAAAAUCCGGCCCCAUCCUCAAACCAACAAAAUCUUAAUCCAGGACAUGAAGGUGCCAAAAUUUUUACCGGUCUGGAAAGCAGUUCAACAUAUGUAAACUUGGUACCAUUCGGACCCGAAGCGGGUGAUCAAAAAGUACAUCCAGGAAUGCUUACUUCUGGGCAAACAAUUAAUUUACAUAUGUUUUUUCCAUUCUAUGGUGGUUUGUACAAUUAUUCAAUUCUUUCGGUAAAUGGAUACAUUGCAUUUGCAACUGUAUUAGAUCAAGGUCCAACAAUAAACGUUGGCGUCGAAUCAACUAACUGGCCACAACAGCAAGAUCCAGCAAUGAUUGCACCGUAUUUAUGUAAACAACAGAUAGUGCAAAAUCCAAGCCCAGGGCUGAAAACCGGUGUUUACUAUCGUUUAAUGCUACGACAGUCAUUAUUUGGUCGUGGUAGCAAUGUUAAUAUACCAUUUAGUGGUACCAUGGAGCAGUCAAGUUUCUUCAAGCAACCAGCGAGUCAAGCUUGUCCAAGUACAUCUGAUUCAUAUGUGCACUGUGAUCGUAAUAGCGAUUAUUUCCUCGAUCAAAUGAUGCAUUGGCUUCAAGAAGGAGUUGCUGGUGCAGCAGCAUUUCGUGCAGAUGCAGCAUUGGUAGUUACUUGGUACAAUACAGCAUCAGCUAUCGUUGGUCGUUCAGACAUCGAUGCCGGCCAAUUAUCUACUUAUCAGGCAAUUUGGUUAACUGAUCAGCCUGGUCGAUUGAGUUAUGUUAUUUUAAAUUACGACAAACUUGGAUUUGAUGCUGCCGAUUUUCGGCUGAACUCUAGAAGUGGUCGUUGUCAGGCUCUUUUUAACGGUGGUAAUCAUACCGGUAGCGUACCGGUAGAUCCAACAUUCAUGUACAAAAAUACACCAACAGUAUUGGCACAACGUUCCGGUGUACCUCAUAUGGUUCGUGGACGGUAUAUGUUUCGUGUUGAUGAUGUUGUCCGACCAGCCGGAUGUUCUAAUAAAACUGGUGGCACAUAUCCAAUGUUGAUAUAUCCAAAUAUAGCCAAUAUGUUGGGUGAGACAAGCGUGGAUGUGAAUGCUUUAUGCUUGGAUCGUAGUCAGACGUACGUUUUGAUGAUUGAGCAACGUCAAACAGCGUCAUGUACCGUAAUUAAUUCAGCUAUUGCUCGCUGUCAUCUUCCGAAAGUUUAUGAUUGGGGCACUAAAACAGUUUAUUUCCAACCGAAAUCCGGAUCUCAUCAAGAAGAUAAGGCAUUCGUUGGAUAUAUUUAUUUUGUACCACCAACGCUAGAUCCAAUGCGUCUGGAUAUUGGUAAUAUAUAUGAGUGGUUUAGGAAUCCGAUAUUACAAACGGUAAUGCCAAUAACAUGGUAUCCACGCAAUUUUACAAAUCCAGAUAUCGAUUACAAGGAUUAUAACAUACGAAUAAGCGAUGAUCAAUUGUACUCCGUACAACUUGGCUUAUAUGUCAUAGGUUACAGAGAAGCAGCUGAUGAUCAGAUUAAGAAAUUCCGUCCAGAACAUCGAGUUUUAUGCCGAUUAGCAACAUACGCCAAUCGGAAUUCACCGGAGUAUCGCUGGAAGCCACAGGAAGAAAAAAUUAAUCUAUAUCAGGUUGAAAAAUGGUAUCUAACGGACUGGGAGCGAACGAAUACACUUUAUUCAUACCGCUUUGGUUACCUAAAAUUAGCACCAGUUACUGCUAAUGAGGAUUCUUUGCAACAUUUGAGUCAUCUACCAUCUGGAUUGGUUUCACCACCAAUAUCAAUUCAUUGGCUAUGGACCAUUAAUAAUCCACAAUUCACAUCAUCAUCCUAUUCACAACAGGAUGCACAAAGUAGAAUGCAAUUCGUUUCAGUUAAAGCAACCGAAAUAUGUCAUGACUGGUUCGCAGAAGACGGAGCGCAAUAUAAUUUUAUUCGCGAUACGGAAACGAAUGCAUCUUGUCCAUGCGUGGAAAGUCAAGCACGUGUAGAUAUUGGUCGUUUUAUGCCACAUCCUCGUUGCUCUCAGGUAUUUCGUGAUAUCACUUGUCAAACGAUGAUCGGUGCAAAGAAUUGCUAUAUGAGUGCCCAAAAUAUUUAUGGUUCAUAUGCUGGUGAAGGUUCAAACUAUGAAAGCGAAAAAACAGCGCGCUUCCAAACGCAUUAUGGGCAAGUAUGUUGUUAUGAUGAAGAGGGCAAAUUGAUGCAAACGGCUUAUCAACCGGUAAUAAAAGUAACCGAUGAUACACCGUAUAAUCCUGGCUAUCCAUUACGUGCUUACGAAUUCGGUACCGAUCCAUAUAUUGGACAAUUCGAAAUACCAGGCCUAUCUGCAUUUUAUCAUGAUUACAUGCCUUACUUCUUUUGCUGCAAAUAUGCAAAAUUCCGUUGUCAACUAUUUUACUGGAGACGACCAAGUAGCGGUUGUCAGCAGUAUCAGCCUCCGGCUGUCGGCGAAGCACUUGGAGCAGUGAGCUUUCACACCAUUGAUAAUGAUAAAUUUAUAUUCAAUGAACCAGGAGUGUUCACACUUUUAUAUAUUCCGAAAACUAUAACAACACCAGAAGUACGAAUUCAAGUACGAUUGGAGCGUUAUCCAGAUCGUAGGGUUGAUUUCAGCUUACUUGGACGUCAAAUAGGACAAGCAAACUUGGUACAACCUACAAAUGCAACUGUUAUUACUGGAAUAGCCAUCGAAGCAACUGGAACCGAUCGAGUGCACGUCGUUGCUCGCAAAGAUACUCGCCGUUUCCGGUAUCGUACAAGCAUAAUUGUCGGCAAUAUUCUCCGCUAUUUUGAUGUGAUGAGAAUUCAGCGAUUCAGAGGAGUAAUGGUGUAUGUGAACAACGUGGAACGAGGUCAACCGGAAAUUUAUGUAGUUCUGGAAGAAGCACAAGUAGGAAUUCGUAUUCGUGAAUCAUAUAAUCUUGAUAUUGAUCGUUUAUCGAUGUAUCAAGAAAGUAUGGGUUUACUGGACAUUGAACUCAGUGUACCUCCACAAUACGGUGUGCAUCCAGAUGGUGACAAAGCUCGAGAACAGGAUAUGCGUGCACGAUAUAAUCUUCCACGUGUUUCCGGCCUCAUGCGACCAUUUCCGGACCAGACAUCUGCAUCAUACUUAUCUGGUUUGAGUUUGAGUGACGUUAAUGCGGAAGGAAUCCGUCAGCAAAUUAUUUCUAAUUAUCUUAUUCCGGGUACCGGUGAACCAAGUACUAGGCAAACAAUGGGUACUUUGAAUCAGAAUAUUCCAACUGAUAAUAUGUUUACAACCAGUCAGGAUAUAGACAAAAAAUUCGAAGUAUUUCCGGAAGUGCACAUAAAAAGUGAGCCGAUCUAUAAAACUUCCGCAGAAUACGAAACUGGUAGAUAUCGUUUUGUACCAAUGACGGGUCAAAUGCUCAGCCAACGAUUACAGGCAUGUCGUGACCUUCAGCUUAGUGAUCGAACAAAUUGGCAACCAUUACAAAAUUUAUACGAGCAACAAUAUGGCAUUGAUUACUGUCCGGAUAAUCCAAGUCAAAUAAUUCAAGAAUGUGGUGAUUCCGUUUCAUGCCUUAAUGAUUACAUGCUAUUUAAUGCUCGAGUACUAGGCAUUGAAGCACAAAAUACUUGGAAUUCAUUUUCAAAUAAUAGAAUGCAUGCUUCAAGACAUUAUAAUAGUUGUGGACCGAUCAUGAUUGAAUAUCCAGAAUAUUUGAUGAAAACACCGGUGCUAUCAUCUGGUUAUUUAGAAGGUGAUGUGGCACGCUUCGAUUGCUUUCAAACGCAUUGGAUCAAAGGCGAUUAUGAAUACAAAUGUGGUAUUGUUGUGGAUUACAACGAUCCGCAUAGUUAUCGAUUUGAAUGGAACAAAGGGUCACAACCAUGGUGUCGUUCACGUGAAAAAGAUAAUUUGUUCAAAUGGCUUACCGCGAUAUUCUCAACUAUCGGUAUAAUUAUGGCAAUUAUCCUUAUAUUUUUGUGUUGUUGGACUUUGAAACAAAAAAGACGGCAGCAAACGGAGGAGAAAAUCUCAUCAUUAUACAAAGUACCAAUUCGAAGUUCCAUGGUAAGCCGUGACUGGAGGUCCUCGGAAACUAAGCCAUUCACGAAGGCAAGAACAGAUUCGAUGUCAAGCGAAAUGAAUGGUAUGUAUCAUGGCAAUGAGAAUGAUUUACACUAUCGAGGAGGACCAAUUGGAGGUGCUGCACCUGUAUUAGCUGAUGGUAUUGGUGGAUACCGUAGUGAAACUAACGGACAAUAUCAUGCUAAUGAUCCUAGUGCACCAUAUCGAGAGCAGUAUCAUGAAUCAAUAGCCAACUUAUCUAAGAGACCAUCAAGUCCAGUCAAAACGACUAUCAUACGGAGUAACAAGACAGUUCCGACUGGAAUCCAUAUUAUGCCACAAUCAGCAUCAUCAACACCACCGGUACCAGUGCAUUCCAUGGUUAUCGAUGAACAAACUGGAAGUGAUCAUACCCAACUUUUGGGCCUUAAUACCAGUGUUUGA